AUGGCCACGAAGGAGCGUCUGUCGGCGGAGGCUUUAAAGGCAUCGAAGAUCAUGACGAAUAUGAUGGCCGAGUUCAAAACGUUCCGCGGCAUCCUGCUGGGCAUCCAGAAGGCUGAGCGCGAUCACAACACCCAAGGCCAACGGGACCUCCUGCACCGUCUUACAGACCAGAUCGGCUCCACGGACGAUGACGAGGCCAACUUCAAGACCAUGGACGAGGCCAACGCGAAGAUUCGGGAACUGAAAGCCAACGAGAAGGAGAUCAGCGCAAUGCUCAAGCAGUCCCAGAUCGACCGCGAGGAACUUGAGGGUCGUCUGUCGACUCAUCAAGCGGAGGUCGACCGGUCCAUGAACGAACGCGACUUCACCGGAGAUGUCAAGAAGCUGACAGGUGUGGCGAGUGCUGCUGGUGCGUCCUGGUCAUCUGGCCGUCCUGCCAAUGCUCGCACCUCCACUGACGAUGGGGGUGCCGUUGGGCCCCGCUCCAUCCGCCUGUCAAAGCAGAGUAGCAGCGAUGUGGUCCCUUCUUCCUCUCAUUCGUCCCCGGCCUCGCCCAUGGAUGACUCUGACGACGGCGAUUUGAAUUAA